AUGGUUGCUUUUAUGGUUGCAAACCAUGUUUUGAAAUACAUUGUCAAAGAAAAGAAAACUACGUCAAUUCUCUCCGGCCAACUAUGGUUUAUAGAGUUGAUAACAGGAAAUGAUAACAGGUUUCUUGAGCAACUUCGAAUGAGGAAACAAGUCUUUCAGAAUUUGGUAUGCGAGUUAACUAAUAAUUGUGGGUUGACACCUACUAAACACAUUGGAGUUGAGGAAAGUGUUGGGAUAUUCUUAUAUAUGAUAGGGCAACCUUCCUCAUAUAGAAAUGCCCAAGAGCGAUUUCAACAUUCUAGUGAGACCAUUCAUAAACAUUUCAACAAAGUUUUAGAAGCUAUAUGCAAGUCGGGGAAAAAAGUCAUAAAACAUGUUGAUCUUGUUGACUCUUCUCAAUAUAUCAGAGAUGAUAAUCGAUAUAGGCCUUACUUCAAAGACUGUAUAGGAGCAAUAAAUGGCACACAUAUUAAAAUACAUGUCCCAACAGAGAAACAAAAACCGUUUUUCAAUAGGAAAGGACAUACAAGUACUAAUGUGAUGGCUGUGUGUGACUUCAAUAUGUCCUUUACUUUUGCAUUGUGUGGAUGGGAAGGAUCUGUUCAUGAUGCAAAGAUUCUUAUGGAUACUCUUCGUAAACCCAAUUUACGAUUUCCUUAUCCCACAGAAGAUUCAGAAUACCCGUCACUUAAAGGUUUCUUGGCACCAUACAAGAAUGCAAGGUAUCAUCUUACACAUUUUAGACUUGCUCCAGGAUUCAGAUCAAGAAAUGAAAUUUUUAAUUAUUAUCAUUCUAGUUUGAGAAGUGUGAUUGAAAGAACUUUUGGCGUGGUAAAAGCAAGAUGGAAAGUAUUACAAGAAAUGCCUAAUUUCAAGCUUCAAACUCAAAUGGCUAUUAUUUGGGCUUGUUUUCCACUUCAUAACUUUUUAAGAAGAACAGACUCAAGUGACUUGGAUAUUCUUGAAAGUUUAGAGAACAUCAAUGGUUUACAAGACAAUGAGUAA